CAAUGGUCCACUUCAAGCAAGGGCUCCCGGCAACACGCGGCAGUUGUCUGCCUUUGGUGUCUUUGAACUGAAGUUGAGAUCAUUUACAUCCCUUGUUGACCGCGUCGGUUUCUGGUGUGUAACUGUUCAGCUCUAUCGUGUCCUGUGUUAGUGGUAAAAACACAUCAUAUUGUGAUGUUAAGUUGUUAGUUAUAACAUGUCAUGCGUUGAUGCUAAGACUAACAAAGUGAACUUGCACUUCACUGAUGUGAAUAAUAUAAAUAUAAUUUUAAAAAUGGUGAUGUAAAGUGUCUACUGUGAGAAAGAAACGAAACAAAGAUUUAAUUGAUUUCUGCGAACUUUACAAAAAAUAUUUUAUACAAUUUUUUGGUGAUUUGUUUUAUGACGUCAUUAUUGCUUUUUUCAGAGUAAAGCGUAUUGCUAUACCCUUGCAUUAUAUUUAUAGGCCUAUAUAGUUCGAUACUAGGAUUAUAUUAAUAUAUAGUUCGGUACUAGGAUUAUAUUAAUAUAUAGUUCGGUACUAGGAUUAUAUUAAUAUAUAGUUCGGUACUAGGAUUAUAUUAAUAUAUAGUUCGGUACUAGGAUUAUAUUAAUAUAUAGUUCGGUACUAGGAUUAUAUUAAUAUAUAGUUCGGUACUAGGAUUAUAUUUGUAUAUAUUUGCGUGCUAGAAUUAUAAUUCUAUACAAAGCCGAGGUCAGGACCUCGGAUGAUUAAGUGUUCUUAAGUUAUCCUGUGAACACAAAAGAACACUACUGACUUUCAAUGCCGGCAGCAGAGACAAAACUGAAAAGUUGCAGCAGGAGGGGGGGGGGCAGGUGUUCUGAAAAAGUUAGAGACGGUUCUGUUUUUAUUUAUACCCGUCCAUACUAGGAUGACACUGUUAUACCCUUCCAUACUAGGAUGACACUGCUAUACCCUUCCAUACUAGGAUGACACUGCUAUACCCUUCCAUACUAGGAUGACACUGUUAUAGCCUUCUAUACUAGGAUGACACUGCUAUACCCUUCCAUACUAGGAUGACACUGCUAUACCCGUCCAUACUAGGAUGACACUGCUAUAUCCGUCCAUACUAGGAUGACACUGCUAUACCCUUCCAUACUAGGAUGACACUGCUAUACCCUUCCAUACUAGGAUUACACUGCUAUACCCUACCAUCCUUUGAUCAUUUUUCUAUAUAAUAUAUACUCAAUAUCCUUGUAUAACAACAAUUAAUCGCCAGAUUUGGCCCACUAGGUCACUUAAACUAACCCAGUAGGUCACUUAAACUAACCCGCUAGGUCUAUUAAACUAACCCACAAGGUAACUUAAACUAACCCGCUAGGUCAGUUAAACUAACCCACUAGGUCACUUAAAAUAACCCACUAGGUCACUUAAACUAACCCACUAGGUCACUUAAAAUAAUCCACUAGGUCACUUAAACUAACCCACUAGGUCACUUAAACUAACCCGCUAGGUCACUUAAACUAAUCCGCUAGGUCUCUUAAACUAACCCACAAGGUCACUUAAACUAACCCGCUAGGUCACUUAAACUAGCCCUCUAGGUCACUUAAACUAACUCGCUAGGUCACUUAAAUUAACCCACUAGGUCACUUAAACUAACUCGCUAGGUCACUUAAACUAACUCUCUAGGUCACUUAAACUAACUCGCUAGGUCACUUAAACUAACCCACUAGGUCACUUAAACUAACCCUCUAGGUCACUUAAACAAACCUGCUAGGUCACUUAAACUAACCCAGUAGGUCACUUAAACUAACCCAGUAGGUCACUUAAAAUAACCCACUAGGUCACUUAAACUAACCCACUAGGUCACUUAAAAUAACCCAUUAGGUCACUUUAACUUACCCACUAGGUCACUUAAACUAACCCGCUAGGUCACUUAAACUAACCCGCUAGGUCACUUAAACUAACCCACUAGGUCACUUAAAAUAACCCACUAGGUCACUUAAACUAACCCACUAGGUCACUUAUACUAACCCGCUAGGUCACUUAAACUAACCCGCUAGGUCACUUAAACUAACCCGCUAGGUCACUUAAACUAACCCACUAGGUCACUUAAACUAACCCGCUAGGUCACUUAAACUAACCCGCAAGGUCACUUAACUAACCCACUAGGCCACUUAAACUAAGCCACUAGUUCACUUAAACUAACCCAUUAGUUCACUUAAACUAACCCACAAGUUCACUUAAAAUAACCCACUAGGUCACUUAAACUAACCCGCUUGGUCACUUAAACUAACUCACUAGAUCACUUAAACUAGCCCGCUAGGUCACUUAAACUUACCCACAAGGUCACUUAAACUAACCCACAAGGUCACUUAAACUAACCCACUAGGUCACUUAAACUAACCCAGUAGGUCACUUAAAAUAACCCACUAGGUCACUUAAACUAACCCACUAGGUCACUUAAAACAACCCACUAGGUCACUUAAACUAAUCCGCUAGGUCACUUAAACUAACCCGCUAGGUCACUUAAACUAACCCGCUAGGUCACUUAAACUAACUCGCUAGGUCACUUAAAAUAACCCACUAGGUCACUUAAAAUAACCCACUAGGUCACUUAAACUAACCCACUAGGUCACUUAAACUAACCCGCUAGGUCACUUAAACUAACCCGCUAGGUCACUUAAACUAACCCGCUAGGUCACUUAAACUAACCCGCUAGGUCACUUAAACUAACCCGCUAGGUCACUUAAACUAACCCGCUAGGUCACUUAAACUAACCCGCUAGGUCACUUAAACUAACCCGCUAGGUCACUUAAACUAACCCGCUAGGUCACUUAAACUAACCCGCUAGGUCACUUAAACUAACCCGCUAGGUCACUUAAACUAACCCGCUAGGUCACUUAAACUAACCCGCUAGGUCACUUAAACUAACCCGCUAGGUCACUUAAACUAACCCGCUAGGUCACUUAAACUAACCCGCUAGGUCACUUAAACUAACCCGCUAGGUCACUUAAACUAACCCGCUAGGUCACUUAAACUAACCCGCUAGGUCACUUAAACUAACCCGCUAGGUCACUUAAACUAACCCGCUAGGUCACUUAAACUAACCCGCUAGGUCACUUAAACUAACCCGCUAGGUCACUUAAACUAACCCGCUAGGUCACUUAAAAUAACCCACUAGGUCACUUAAACUAACCCACUAGGUCACUUAAACUAACCCGCUAGGUCACUUAAACUAACCCGCUAGGUCACUUAAACUAACCCGCUAGGUCACUUAACUAACCCACUAGGCCACUUAAACUAACCCACUAGGUCACUUAAACUAACCCACUAGUUCACUUAAACUAACCCACAAGUUCACUUAAAAUAACCCACUAGGUCACUUAAACUAACCCGCUAGGUCACUUAAACUAACUCACUAGAUCACUUAAACUAGCCCGCUAGGUCACUUAAACUUACCCACAAGGUCACUUAAACUAACCCACAAGGUCACUUAAACUAACCCACUAGGUCACUUAAACUGACCCACUAGGUCACUUAAACUGGCCCACUAGGUCAUUUAAACUGGCCCACUAGGUCACUUAAACUGGCCCACUAGGUCACUUAAACUAACCCUCUAGGUCACUUAAACUAACUCGCUAGGUCACUUAAACUAACCCACUAGGUCACUUAAACUGACCCGCUAGGUCACUUAACUAACCCACUAGGUCACUUAAACUAACCCGCUAGGUCACUUAAACUAACCCACUAGGUCACUUAAACUAACCCACUAGGUCACUUAAACUAACCCACUAGGUCACUUAAACUAACCCUCUAGGUCACUUAAACUAACUCGCUAGGUCACUUAAACUAACCCACUAGGUCACUUAAACUAAUCCGCUAGGUCACUUAACUAACCCACUAGGUCACUUAAACUAACCCGCUAGAUCACUUAAACUAACCCACUAGGUCACUUAAACUAACCCACUAGGUCACUUAAACUGGCCGCCAACAAUUUAGGAAAUUGUUGUUGUUUUUUUAAAUGUUUAAACAAAAAAAAAUCUUUCAAACAGCCUGGAGUAUCUAAUAUGCAGAUAAAAAAUCAACUUUUAAAGAAACGUUUCCUGACGUUACUCAAACUGCAAAUAUUAAUUUCUGAAAAGAUAACAUGUUCAUUUUAAAAAUGUCAUGUUAUACAUUUGACAACGGCUUAUUUUGAUUAAGUUUUGAAAUGAUAACUUGACUAUCUGAUUGUUCCACUAAAACUGACUGCUGUGAUAUCCCACUAAAAAUUGACUGCUGUGAUUGUUCCAUUAAAACUUAACUGCUGUAAUUGUUCCAUUAAAACUGACUGCUGUAAGUGUUCCAUUAAAACGUGACUGCUGUGAUUCUUCCAUUUAAACUGACUGCUGUAAUUGUUCCAUUAAAACUUGACUGCUGUAAUUUUCCAUUAAAACUUGACUGCUAUGAUUGUUCCAUUAAAUCGUGACUGCUGUGAUAGUUCCAUUAAAACUUGACUGCUGUGAUAGUUCCAUUAAAACGUGACUGCUGUGAUAGUUCCAUUAAAACGUGACUGCUGUGAUAGUUCCAUUAAAACGUGACUGCUGUGAUAGUUCCAUUAAAACGUGACUGCUGUGAUAGUUCCAUUAAAACGUGACUGCUGUGAUAGUUCCAUUAAAACGUGACUGCUGUGAUAGUUCCAUUAAAACGUGACUGCUGUGAUAGUUCCAUUAAAACGUGACUGCUGUGAUAGUUCCAUUAAAAAUUCACAUUGUCGUGCAGUUUAUAUCCUCAUAUAACAUUUUAUGUUAUUCAUAUUGUCAUGUAAUGUAUAUGUCAUGUAAUUCUUAUUGUCAUUUUAUUCAUAUAGUCAUGUUAUUCAUAUUGUUAUACAUUUCAUAUUGUAAUGUAAUUCAUGUAUCAUGUUAUUCAUAGUGUCACGUAAUUCACAUUUUUAUGUAAUUCAUAUUAUCAUAUAAUUCAUAUUGUCAUAUAAUACAUAUUGUCAUAUAAUUCAGGCUGAGGAUCAAAAGUUGCAGCAAGACAAAAACAUCACUGAAUAUUGGUGACCAUUGGAAAGACUUAACAUGGGAGAAGGUUAGCUACUUUACUUAACCAGCUUAUUCUUAUUUACUGCUUGACUUCAGAAACAUAGAUAUAGUUUGCUGUUUUCUUGCUUAAGCUUAUAGCAUUGGCUACAAGAGCUAUUCUUGUGUUUAUAUUAAUGCAUACAAGAGUUAUAAUUUUGUUUUACAACAAAACAAUUUGGUUUUAUAUCUUUAAAUAAAAACCUUAAAGUACACAUUUUAUGUUCUAUUCAAAAUUGACACUUUUGAACAUUCUAUUCAACUUUGACACUUUUUGAAUGUUCUAUUCAACUUUGACACUUUUCGGAUCAUCUAUUCAACAGUGACAGCAGUGGAUUGCCUGGCGCUGCCAAAACGACAGAAAGUGUUUGAGAAAACUUUCCUGCCAGUGGGUGACGUACUGCCUGUCUGGUCAAACGUCUCACUAGACACGAAACUUCCAGUGCCACCAAGUCCUAGCGGGAAAUUCACACUCUACACAAACAAGGUUAGUGUCCUACUACCCAAGCGAGAGAUGUACACUAUACCCAAAGAAGGUUAGUGUCCUACUACCUAGGCGGGACAUGUACAUCAUAGUAUAGAUAGUGAACAUGUCCCGCCUAAGUAGUGACUAUUACCAAAGAAGGUUAGUUUGCAACUACAUUGGCAGGACAUGUACACUAUACCCAAAGGGUUAGUGUUCUACUACAUUGGCAGGACAUGUACACUAUACCCAAAUGGUUAGUGUUCUACUACAUUGGCAGGACAUGUACACUAUACCCAAAGGGUUAGUGUUCUACUACAUUGGCAGGACAUGUACACUAUACCCAAAGGGUUAGUGUUCUACUACAUUGGCAGGACAUGUACACUAUACCCAAAGGGUUAGUGUUCUACUACAUUGGCAGGACAUGUACACUAUACCCAAAGGGUUAGUGUUCUACUACAUUGGCAGGACAUGUACACUAUACCCAAAGGGUUAGUGUUCUACUACAUUGGCAGGACAUGUACACUAUACCCAAAGGGUUAGUGUUCUACUACAUUGGCAGGACAUGUACACUAUACCCAAAGGGUUAGUGUUCUACUACAUUGGCAGGACAUGUACACUAUACCCAAAGGGUUAGUGUUCUACUACAUUGGCAGGACAUGUACACUAUACCCAAAGGGUUAGUGUUCUACUACAUUGGCAGGACAUGUACACUAUACCCAAAGGGUUAGUGUUCUACUACAUUGGCAGGACAUGUACACUAUACCCAAAGGGUUAGUGUUCUACUACAUUGGCAGGACAUGUACACUAUACCCAAAGGGUUAGUGUUCUACUACAUUGGCAGGACAUGUACACUAUACCCAAAGGGUUAGUGUUCUACUACAUUGGCAGGACAUGUACACUAUACCCAAAGGGUUAGUGUUCUACUACAUUGGCAGGACAUGUACACUAUACCCAAAGGGUUAGUGUUCUACUACAUUGGCAGGACAUGUACACUAUACCCAAAGGGUUAGUGUUCUACUACAUUGGCAGGACAUGUACACUAUAACCAAAGGGUUAGUGUUCUACUACAUUGGCAGGACAUGUACACUAUAACCAAAGGGUUAGUGUUCUACUACAUUGGCAGGACAUGUACACUAUAACCAAAGGGUUAGUGUUCUACUACAUUGGCAGGACAUGUACACUAUACCCAAAGUGUUAGUGUCCUACUACAUUGGCAGGACAUGUACACUAUACCCAAAGUGUUAGUGUCCUACUACAUAUAUAAAGUCUUGCUUAUUUCAAGCUUCUUAGGACUUAAAGGCGUGAGAGUUUCUAUUCUAUAGAAACAUAUCAUUUCAUGUGUCCCAACUAUAGAAACAUAUCAUUUUAUGUGUCCCAACUAUAGAAACAUAUCAUUUUAUGUGUCCCAACUAUAGAAACAUAUCAUUUCAUGUGUCCCAACUAUAGAAACAUAUCAUUUCAUGUGUCCCAACUAUAGAAACAUAUCAUUUCAUGUGUCCCAACUAUAGAAACAUAUCAUUUCAUGUGUCCCAACUAUAGAAACAUAUCAUUUCAUGUGUCCCAACUAUAGAAACAUAUCAUUUCAUGUGUCCCAACUAUAGAAACAUAUCAUUUCAUGUGUCCCAACUAUAGAAACAUAUCAUUUCAUGUGUCCCAACUAUAGAAACAUAUCAUUUCAUGUGUCCCAACUAUAGAAACAUAUCAUUUCAUGUGUCCCAACUAUAGAAACAUAUCAUUUCAUGUGUCCCAACUAUAGAAACAUAUCAUUUCAUGUGUCCCAACUAUAGAAACAUAUCAUUUUAUGUGUCCCAACUAUAGAAACAAUUAUUUCAUGUGUCCCAACUAUAGAAACAUAUCAUUUUAUGUGUCCCAACUAUAGAAACAUAUUAUUUCAUGUGUCCCAACUAUAGAAACAUAUCAUUUCAUGUGUCCCAACUAUAGAAACAUAUCAUGUCAUGUGUUCCAACUAUAGAAACAUAUCAUUUCAUUUGUCCUAUCAAUAGAAACAUAUCAUUUCAUUUGUCCUAUCAAUAGAAACAUAUCAUUUCAUUUGUCCCAUCAAUAGAAACAUAUCAUUUCAUUUGUCCCAUCAAUAGAAACAUAUCAUUUCAUUUGUCCCAUCAAUAGAAACAUAUCAUUUCAUUUGUCCCAUCAAUAGAAACAUAUCAUUUAAUGUGUCCCCAGCUUGGAGAACCAAAGUACAUUUCUCGGCAGCGUUAUGACUUUGACCUAACAAACCCACGGGGGAGAGAAGCCCCCGGGCCUUACGACUCACUAGCUGAUCCUUCACUGAAGUAUUACUUUACAUCACCAAGGGCUAGACGCCAUCUGGUGGAAACGGGACUUGUCACGGACAGAGGAGAAAUUAAGUGCACAGUCCAAGAGUUCAAUCAGUACAGGUGAGUGUUAAGUUUCAGUCCAAGAUUUCAUGCAAGACAGUUGAAUGUUUAGUCCAUGGUCCAAGAGUUCAAUCAGUAGAUUUGAGUGUUUAGUCCAUGGUCCAAGAGUUCAACCAGUACAGUUGAGUAUUUAGUCCAUGGCCCAAGAGUUCAAUCAGUACAGUAAAUGUUAAGUCCAUGGUCCUAGAUGUCAAUUAGUACAGGUGAAUGUUUAGCGAUAAAAUGACCGCUAUUUUAUUGUUUCAGAUUCCUGGCUAUAAUCCUCACGAUUUUAAUAGGGUUCAAAAGUCGUCAAUGGGCUUUUUAGAAUUUUUUAAGCUUUUUAUAUUAACUUCGCUUUUCUGCCUGCCUGGCUGGGUGGCAAAAAAUUCGGACAGCUAAUUGACCCACUUCCCGUCAACGUAUCGAGCUGAAACAUGGCACAUAGAAUCGUUGCCGAUGACAGCACAAUCUUUCAAAUUUUCAGCCCCACCCUACUCCCCUCCCAACACAAAAAUUUUUUUUUUCCUUUUUUUUUCAAGGGGAAGAUGCAGAAAAUAUGACGACACUGAUUUCACGAAAUAAAAUUCCUGAUAACUGCGCUUAAUGAGUCUUUUUUUUUAUUUUUUUUUUAGAUAUCUCAAGUGCGUUUGGUGCAUAAUGUUUUCUUUUGCUUCUCUCUGUUAAAAAAAUGUGUUGUAGUUGUAAAAGCCGAUGGGUCAUUAGAUUAUUAAUAUAAUUUAGGGAGUGAAAAAUGUGCGCCCUUUUGAAAACGGGGGGGGGGGGGGGGUGUGGAUGUUUAUAAAGUCUGUUACUUGUUUGCAUGUUUUAUCAGUGGCUCUCACUCUCAUAAUAAUUAACCAAACUUUCUCAGCAGUGGUUCUCACAUUUAUUAUAGUUAACCCAACUGUCUCAGCAGUGGUUCUCACAUUCAUUACAAUUAAGCUGGCUUAUCAGUGGUUCUCACAUUCAUAAAAUUAUCUGUGACAAUUAGCAGUUUGACAUUCCUUGACCAUGAAUCUCAUGAUCAGAACAUAGACAAUGCUAAUCAAGAAUAACUGAUAUAAUAUUCUAACAAUUUAGUUAAGCUUCCUAAAUCUUUUUUUUUUUUUCAAAGCGUAACAAAACUCAACACUGAACAAAGUUAAUUUUAUCACAAAAUAAUUAUUAGAAUGGGUUCACAUUCUUUAGGGGUUUUAUUUUCUGAUGGACUGGUGGAAAGUUGAUGAAUAAUCUUUUACUUGAACACGUAAGACAAAACCAAAAAAUUGCAAUGUUUAUACUUCCUCAUGUAUAGUAUAGCAGCAACUUUGUCUGACAGUUGAAAGGAAGCUCACUCUGUCCUCUAACUACCUCACAACUUAAUUCCUUCUUUGUGCAACUUUUUGAUACAAUUUGAUUCAUCACCAAUACUUGGGCAAAUGGAUGUUGAUUAUUUGAAACAAUGUGAUAAAUCACAGAUACUUCGGGAAUGCAGGUUGAUUGUUUGGGAUGAGUGCACCUUGGCUCACAAUUGCGAUAGAAGCAGACGACUCUACUCUUCGGGAUAUCAAAACUAUUAAAUACCGGUAUUCCAAACAUCUCAAAACUAUUAAAUACCGGUAUUCCAAACAUCUCAAAACUAUUAAAUACCGGUAUUCCAAAAUCUACAAUUUUCGCGGAAUAGCCAAAUUUUUUAUGAGUACAUUUUAAUAGAAAACAUUUUAAUAAUAAACAUUUUUAUAAAUUAAACUUGAGACAUUUCUUUUUUAAAAAUAAAAAUUUGGUUCGACUAUGCUUUUGUUGCAAUACCUCAGGUCUGCUUGAUGAAUGUCUGUUAGACUCUACUUGUCGUAUGAACAUGAAGCUUGAGUUUAUUUUAUAACGAUGUUGAAUUGUAUGACAUUCUCAUCGGAGUUUAAAUUUAUCUGGUGAUUAUAUAAGUUAAAAUGUACAAUAUCUUAUUUUUUACGGAUAUUCUAAUGUCCUUAUGGACUUUUAAGGAUAGGUCAUUUCAGGUCAAAUUUUUUGUCCUGUCCGUAAAGAACAAUUGGCAAAACUAUUGCAUGUUCAAGAGUGACUCACCAAAAGGGAACGAAGCAAUAUGAAGACAGUGUAAAACGUAGUCCAUUUUUUCAGAUAAUGUUUAUUUUAAUUAAUUUUUUUUUUCUAUUUACUAAAUGGCAAAAUAUUUCCUUUUUUUUUUAAUUCCUGAAAUUAACGUCAAACAUUUCUACUUCUUGUGAUGAUGUUAAAGGGAGUUUAUCAGGUACAGAGCUGUAACAGAACUUGCACUCCAGAAGAAACGUGAGAGCAGGCUGAAAGAAGAGGAUGCCAACAGGCUGUUCGUUGAUUGGCCGGUGAGCUGUCAUGUGGACUAUCAUGACGAUAGCUGUGCUAACAUUGUGAGCUGUCCUGAACAUUUUAAACUUUACAAAAUAUUAAAUUUUAAAAGAUAUAUAUUUUUGGUCUUUUUUAAAAAGUCCCUUUACCAUAUUCUGUAGGCCUAGGGCCUAGAGUCAACAGCAAAAUGUAUAGGGGCCUAAAUAAAAUGCUAAGCACUGCCGUAAAAUUUAACGAUAUAAAUUGUAUAAAGAUUUUCAAAAUAAUAAUUGCACAGUUUACGAGAUAGAUUUAAAAAGAACUAUACAAACAUCAAAAAUGUAAUUUAUCUAUAAACAUUGUAUGAGCUUAAAAAUAUGUUCCCUAAAUAUCAAAUAUUGAAAUCAAUGUCUGGAGCUAGUUACUACAUCAGUGACUCUAUGACUGCCAUUUAUAUAUUGAAAACAACUGGAAAUAGUUGCUACACUACUGGCUGUACAACUUUCAUACAUACAAUAUAAGAUAUUACAUUCACCUUCCAUUUUUUAAAAUUUUAUUUUAGAGAACUCAUAAAUUAAAUAAAGUUGAAAGACACAAACAGACAAUGAGUGAACCCCCUAGGAAGAACUGGACCAUUGGUGGACUGGAGGUAUGAACAUAUUCAAUUAAACUAGACCAUUGGUGAACUGGAGGUAUGAACAUAUUCAAUUAAACUAGAGCGUUGGUUAACUGGAAGCAUGAACAUAUUCAAUUAAACUAGACCAUUGGUGAACUGGAGGUAUGAACAUAUUCAAUUAAACUAGAGCGUUGGUGAACUGGAAGCAUGAACAUAUUAAAAAAUUUCUUUAAACUAGACUAUUGGUUGACUGGAAGUAUGAAGGGAUUUAUUUUUUUAUUAUUAUGCUUAUUUUGUAUCAAUAAAUAACAUUGUGAGUUUAAGAUUGUUUGUGUUUGUCCUUAAUAUUCUAUUAACCCCUAAGUAAAUUAAGAACACAUUUUUUAAUUAAAAACUUGGCCAAUUAGCAUCAAUUCUUCUUAUAGACAUUUCAUCCAAACAAACUUGUUUUUAGGUUCUGGUAUAUCACAUAAUUUUUUAGCUCCUAAAGGUGAAUACAUUUAAAAGUAGAUGUUCAAUUCUAUGUAAUCAUCCAGAGAAAAAUUGUGUCAGUUAAACAUGUUUCAUCAUGAAAACUUAUUUAUACAAACUUGACAUAUUUCCAGAUGUAUGAACAAAACUUAGCUAAUGUGUUUAAAAAAAGGAAGGAAAAGAAGGAUGGUCGAAGUAAAAAUAAGAGUCAUCUUAAAGUAAGUUUAUUUUGUUACUGAAUAUAUACUAGUUUUAUAUUUUAAAAAUUACAGUGCUAUAUUUGCACAACUUUUGUGUCAUAAUCUGUAACAAGGACCAUGUAAGUGAACAUUUUAUUAAUAAGUAAAAGCAAAUGUUGACUUUUUUAAAAUUUAAGACACUUAGAAUCAUUUUCUUUUUAAUUGAGGGUUGGAAAUUGUAUUUAUCUAUGAAUUAUUUUAGAAGAUUGCUUAUUUUUCUGAGAUAGUUCUUUUAUUGAUAGUUCUUUUAUUGUUUAAAUUUACUAACCAUCAUGAAAAUGACAACUAAAUAGUUAAAUCACACAAAAAUAUACUGAGAACGCUCUUUCUCUUUUUUAAGUUCAUGAUUAUGUUUGUUAAUUUUGAUGUAGGCCUACAGCGUGAUAAGCUCAGCCUAGGCUGGGGUACUGCGCUAUAUAAAACCACUAAUAAUAAUAAUAAUAAUAAUAAUAUACAAAAAUUUUAGAAGAAGAACUAUGAAAAGAAUGUACAGACAAUCAAAAGUACAGUAAAGAUAAAUCCUGAAAAAACUGAUGAAGAUAAUGAAAAUGAGACAGUUGAAGAAAAUAAUGAACAAAAUAAGAAUGAUAGAGGAAAAACAUCAGAAGAAGAGCAGACUGAUGAAGAAGUUAAUGAAAAUAAGACUCCAGAGUCCACUGUGAGUUUAUGUCUUUAAUUAUGUCAUUGUGUUUCAUGCUAUUUGAUAUAGAUUUAAAUAAAGAUAUAGGGUAUCAUUUACAUCCAAAUUAAUGAGUCAUUAAUCUCAUUAAAAAGAUAGUAAAAAUUUUAAGUUGUUACCCUAAAAAAAAAACCUUUAAUUUUGAAAUUUAAGAUCAUAAAAAUUAUUUAGUAUCUAGAUAAAUAUUCAUUAAGAUCAUAAUAAACUUUCCAUAACUUUUCAAUUAUUUAUCCAAAUGUUUUAAAUAAAAAUUUCCUUUCAACCAAAGCUGAAAAAUGACAUCAAUUUAUUGCAGAGAUCAAUCCAUCGCAGCACAAAUUUAGUCAAGGAACUAAGACAAAGAGAACAAGAACUUCAUCAACGUUUAAAACAGCAGCAGAGACGUAGGGCAGAAGAACAUGACAGAAAGGUUUGGCAAGUUUCUUAUAAGAUCUAGAUUUUUAUUUUUACAUGAAAUGACUAUUGCUCUUGAAACUGACACAGCAGUUCUAUUUAAUAUUUUAUUUCAUCAAAUUGCAUGUAGAAAAAGGUUUUAUAGUUUUAUUGUAGAAUCUUCAAAUCUGCAAUUACAAUACUUGCAAAUAUACACAUUUAAAGAUGAGUUUUAAAGAAAGAAACCAGUCAUUUGAAUUAGACAAAAAUCUCUUAUUUUCUCUUUAAACAAUUUUUUUUUAAUAUUCACUCUACAUGACUUGCAUUCUGCACAUCAAUAUCAUUUUUUUUAAUUUCAUCUAAUAAUUAAUGAUAUUUUGGUGAGAAAAAUGUGAAUGUAACAUUUAUAAUAUCUAUGUUUUGUUGAUUGUAAAAUUUAUAAAAUCUAUGAUUUGUUGAAUGGAGCAUUUACUAUAUCUUUUUGUUUAAUGUAGCAUUUAUUUAAAUAACUAAGUUUUUUAAUGUAACAUUUAUAAUAUCUUUGUUUUGUUUAAUAUAACAUUUAUAUUAUCUAUGUUUUGUUGAAUUGAGCAUUUAUCAUAUCUAUGUUUUGUUUAAAGUAACAUUUUCAAUAACUAUGUUUUGUUGAAUGUAACAUUUACAAUAUAUAUGUUUUGUUAUUGUCUCAGAUAGAAGAAAACUGGAGAGAAAGACAACAAAGGCAAGAAUUGCUCUUACAACAUGAGGCUGAAAUUGAGGCUAUGAUCAAGGAAAAACGCCUACAUCAGAUUAGGGAGAGAGAAGCAACUCUACUACGGCAAAGAAGAAAGCAGGAGGAACAACUCAUGAAGAUUAAAAAAGAACUGGCCGGUGCGAGUAAACAAAGACACAAACCAAAGCCAAGGGCAAAUAAUCAUGGCAAGGGAGAUAAUAAGGGUGAAUGAGGGGACAACAAAAGUAGCUUACAUAUAUCUGACAAUGAAGAUAAAUGAGGAACACCAUGCUUUCAAUAUCGGUUUCAAAGAAAUGAUUCUUAUAUAAAGAAAGCCAUGGUUUGUUUACAUAGAAACUAUUUUUGAAAGCUUUCAAAUGUAAUAUCUAAUUUUGUGGAAAAUUUGGGAUAAUUUUAUUUAAUAAAAUAGUGUUUUCUAUAGCCAAUAUAUUCUGUUAUGGUAUGUUGUAAAAAUUAUGCGAUAUUUUUUCAUUUAAAUGUAAGUUUUAUAAAUAUUUUGGUAUAACUUAUCUCCAAAGCUGUGAUAUAUUUUCUUAAUUUUUAAAUAUAAAUGAAAGUUCACUUUGCCUUGCCUUUCAUAGUUCACUUUGCCUUGCUUUUCAUCUUUAAUAAACAACCAAUUGGUUUUUCAGACUCUGACUCCCGUAACACGUCAUCAAAUGUUAGACUUUCAGUCUUAUGUCAUGACGACAAAUGUCAAACUUUUUUUUACCUCGUGGCCACUCGUAAAAUCCUAGAAAGCCUUUCAAUAAAAAUUGUUUCAACUACUGGUAACUCUGAUAAGGCCAAUCAUGAAAAUAAGAAUUAUUAAUUUUAUAUAUUUUUUUUCAAAGACUGAUAUUGUUUUACAUUUGAUAUUUUGACAAAUUUUUCCACUGUCAUACUUAAACCUGAAAAAAUGAUUAGUAUGUUACCUGCACCAUGUUUACUUGAGAUGUUUAACUGGUAUAUAUUUCAUAUACUAUUAGUUAAAUUAACACUUGUGGAUGCAAACUAUCAAUUAUAAAUCCCUUUCUUUCAUGG